UAUUAUUGAGCCACCAUUUGUUUUUUUUUUAGACAAACCAUUUGUAAAUACAAUGGAUGAUGGUGUUGUGGCUAACUUAAUUCAGUCGCUAACCUUUAUCCGCUGUUUAGUGUAAUUAAUUGUGUGAAAUAUAGAUUUUCGAUUGAAUUUAAUGUAUAAUUAAUGCAAGUUUCUAUCAUGGAAUUUAAUAAUAUCUGCAGUAUUUGUUUACAUAACGACUACACAUUAAUUCAAUCCAAAGAAGUGGACACUAAUAAUGUUUCAUGGUCUGAAAAAUUAAAAGCAGUCAUCCCUGAAAUAGCAUGGAAUGAAGAAUAUAAUAUUUGCAAGGCGUGUUUGCAUCAAGUAGAAAUAGCCACAUUAUUAAGAGACCUUUGUCUUCAAAAUCAGGCCAUCAGACUUACGUACAUUAAGAACGAACAGCCCGCGACUGACGAUGGCAAAACUAUUUACAGUAACGUCGUUCUAGUGAAAGAAAUAAAACCUGUAAAUGAAAUAGACGACUAUCAAACAAAGGAAGUUUCUGACGAUUUCGGGAUGGAGAAGGAUGCAAACGAUUAUGAAGAAGAACCUUCGAGAUUGUCCGAUUCGAGUGAAGACAGUGACUACGAUGAUUGGCCACCGUCGCCCAUCUCGCAAAAGAAGAAGAGAAAAAAGAAAUCUGCUGAAAAAGAAGGGGGAACAACAUCAACAGCCAAAAAGGAGCCUAAAAAAACUCGUACUAAAUACAACAGUUUUGACUGUGACAUCUGCAAUGAACACUUUACAAAAUUAAAGGAUUUUACCGAUCACUCCGUGAACGAGCACAACCUAGAUGCCCAGACGUUAAAACCAUACAAAUGUCCCCAGUGUAACAGCAGGUUUUCUGCCUCAUGUUACCUUCUACGUCACUCCCGAGUCCACGAACAAAAGAGGAGUCACAUCUGCACUUACUGCGGAAAAGGUUACAUCCAUCGUGGCAAUCUGAAACUCCACGAGAAGGAGCACUUAAACAAGAGGGAGUACCAGUGUGACAGUUGUCCAAAGAGUUUCAACACCUUUCCUCAUCUCAGAUCCCACAAACUUGUUGUACACACUGACAAGAACCUCUGGAAAUACAUUUGUCCCUAUUGUGACAGAAGAUUCCCGAUAAAGACGAACUACGAUCAGCACGUAAGGAGACACAUCGGAGAGAGGAACUUUUCGUGUCAUCUUUGCGAUAAGACCUUCAUUGAGAACGCGAAUUUAAAACGCCACUUAACCACGCAUACGAACGUACGCGCGCAUAAGUGCGAUCAUUGUCCGAAGGAGUUUAAGCUGAAGAAGGUUCUUAGGAUUCAUAUGGCUAAGGCUCAUGGUAUAGGCGAGUACAAGAUACCGGUUAUUGUUAAAAAACAUGAAUGCACUGUUUGUGGCAAGAAGUUCGUUGCCAAGAACAAACUGAGCAGGCACAUGUGCACCCAUACGGGAGAAAGGCCCUUUCCAUGUACCAUGUGCGAUAAAAGGUUCACGGAUGGGUCGUAUGUGACACAACAUUUGAAAACUGUGCAUGGAAUUGUCAGCCAAGAUUAUAAAAAAUGGGAGGACGAGUUUUACAUUUGCAAGGCAUGUCUAAACCAAGUGGAAAUUGCCAAUUUGUUGAGAGAUCUCUGCCUUCAUAACCAGGCCGUGCGUUUAAUGAAUGUCAAAAGCGAAACUAAUUCUGUGGAUUUCCCCGCCACACCGUUCGAACAGAAGACUGACUAUGACAACGUCACUGUGGUCCAGGAGUCUAAGGCAGCGGUGGAGACAACGGACGAAUGGACCGGUGAAGGCAACGAUUGCAAUGAUUCAACGAAAGCAACCGAUUCUAGUGAAGACAGAGACUCCAGUGACGACGAAGAUUGGCCUCCACCCUCGUCCAUACCCAAGAAAAAACCAGGCCGAAGGGGAAGAAGAAAACUGUCGGAAAAGGACAGUCAAUCUAAAAUCAAGAAGGAACCUAAACAAUCACGGGUGAAAUACAACAGCUUCGACUGCGAAAUCUGCAACACAAAUUUCACCAACGUAAAAGACUUCACCGAGCAUUCAGUCAUCGACCACAAUUUGGAUGCAAAAACUCUAAAACCUUACAAAUGUUCCCAGUGCAACAACAAAUUUUCCGCCUCCUAUCACCUCCUCCGUCACACGCGUGCCCACGAGCAAAAGCGGAGCCACAUCUGUACGUACUGCGGCAAAGGUUACAUCCACCGUUGCGACCUGAUUCUGCACGAAAAAGAGCACCUCAACAAACGAGAGUAUCAAUGCGACAGUUGUCCAAAAAACUUCAACACGUAUCCCCACCUCAGAUCGCACAAGAUCGUCGUUCACACCGACAGAAGCCUCUGGAAGUUCAUAUGUCCCCAUUGCGAACGCAGAUUCCCGAUUAAAGCCAACUACGAUAGGCACGUGCGCAGGCACACGGGGGAGAAGCACUACUCGUGCCAUCUAUGCGAAAAACAGUUCGGCGAAAACGCUUACUUGCAGCGACAUCUCAUAUCGCACUCGAACGUACGCGCGCACAAAUGCGACCAUUGCACGAAGGAGUUCAAACUGAAGAAGGUCCUCAGGCUACACAUGGCCAAAGUGCACGGCAUUGGUGAUUACAAGAUACCGGUCAUCGUUAAGAAGCACGAGUGCACAAUAUGUGGGAAGAAGUUUUGCGCGAAAGACAAACUAAGUAGGCACAUGUGCACUCACACCGGGGAAAAACCGUUCCCGUGUCCCAUGUGUGACAAGAGGUUCACGGACCGAUCUUAUGUUACACAACAUUUGAAAACGGUCCAUACCAUCAAGAACGAAGACAUAAAAGAUUUUAGUGCCAUGCUUUAGCUGUUGUAAGAACAAGGGGAGAAUGCGAAAGCCCGUUGUGACUGUGAACUUUUUAGUAAGACAUGACAAAGAAAUACGUUAUUGUUUAAGAAAUGGGUUUAGUACAGAGUACAUGACAACAAUGAAGGGGUAGUAUAGCAGAUAGUGGUAGCAGUAAAUAUGAAUGGUAGAAUGUGCACUGUUAACGUUGCUACGACUACUGCAAAAACAAACUGAAUCAAUCAAUCAAUUAUUUUGAAUUCAAAUUGGUGACCUUAAAUUCAUAGCGAUCGCAGUGCUCUCUGCUUAAUAAUUUAAUUAUAUCGAAAUUGGAUUCCCUAUCUAGUUUUCAUGCUACUAUCUAUGCCACGAGGUGAAAGUAAAGGAUAACGAACAUAAGAACAUUGGUUAUUUAUUAAUUAGCCGCAGGAUCGCCUUGCCUGUAUUUACUUUAUAGCUAGAUAGAGAAUGCGCAGUCCCUUGACGCAGUCCAUUCUCUAUAUCUAUGAUUUGUUGUUAGAUCUGUUAUGUUCGUGACGUCACCGGGCGAUCCAUGUUCCACUUUUUGGUGGGAUUUUUAAAUUAAACGUUUUCUUUAUUCAAAGAGGCAUGUACCCUAUUGUGUUAAAAAAUUUUUCUUCUAAAGGUAUGUUUUUGUAAAAACGAGUACACCCAUAUACAAACCGCUAUUAAUGUAUGUUUUUAAAUUAGGUUGGACGUACUUUUCAUGCUUUUAUAAUAUUGUAAUCACAUUUUUAUGAUAUUAUUUUGUAUUAUUUCUAAAUAAUAAAUGUAAUACUUUUGUGAACUAAGUUAAUAAUCGUAUUUUAUGUAAACGAAAAAUUAAAAAAUUAAGUAAUGUAGGAUUAUGUUGUUAAACAUGUUAAAAAUUACAAGAUUGUAAAUUUUAGACACUUGAAUUUUUGUAUAAAUAGUACUUAAACCUUAGCAAAGUAUAAUUUCUUCAACCGGAUAGAAAUCUUCUUCACGGUAA